AUUGGUUUUGAUAUUAAAUAAAAUAACUUCUUCUGUCUGCUCUCCAUUUCUGCCCCUUUUUCUCUCAAAACCCUAAUUCCGUCGAUUCAGUUUGGGCCUCGAAACACCUAUCCCGUCUUUCGUCUCUCUUCUUCCCACCGUGCUAACCGCUCCCUGUCCAAAAUCAAUCCGUCUGCUCCACCUGCGAUCUCUCGCGCGAUUCGAUUGCCCUUCGCCGAUCGCUUUCGCAGCCGCCGUCGCCGUCGCCGUCGUCGUUGCCGUGGUCGUCAACAGCAGCAUCGAUCACUCCGUCUCGUCUCCUCUCUCCCCUCCCAUCUUUCUUCCAGGUUGGCACCCCCUCCUUUCUCUUUCAUGUAUCUUUCUCCCGUCAUUUCGAAUUCCGUUCUCAUUCUGGGGUGAAUUCCUCGACGAGUCUGCCACAAUUGUAAUUCGAUUGUUUUGGGCGGCUCGGGAUUCGGAAUUGGGGGGGAUGAAUCCGUGGUGUGAAGUUUUGGUACGGAUCUCCUUGGUUGCCAGUCGUCGCUGAUGUUGAGAAUGGCGUGAUUCUGUUUUGUUAAAUCCCUAAUUCUGCCCGAUUACUGCCGGCCUGAUCAGUUGUGAUGGAAAAUCCCCCGCCUUUUUCUGCUUCAUUUGGCUUUGAUCUUUUUCCCUCUUUGAUAAUGUUAUAUUCAAUCGCCUUUCUUAUGCUUUGGGAUCAGCUGCUAAACUGGAUUAUGUACUCUCUUGGCUGUUCUUCGGGGUGAGUGGAGAAUCUUGAUUCUUCUCUGUUCCGGCAAUAAUGUCUGAUGAGUUCUGAUGAGGGACGGAUGAGUCUAACUAGUAGUCUACUCUGUACUACGAGGAAGACAGGAAGUGGGAACGGAGUUUAUCAAGGUUUGGAGUUGAGUUUGCUGGCCUGGUUGCUGUUGUUAAUCAUCCUUGUUCUUUCCAACCCUAGCUGUUGUGCUUCAUUCCGUAGGUGGAAAUGGAAAAUGUAGCACCAUCUUUCUUCUCUUUGGUGAUGCUGGCCCCAAGUUUGAGAGUGGGUUGGAUGUUUUUAUCGACCCAUCACCACUAGGCAAUCCCUUGGAGUUGUUUAUUCAUGAGAUUUUCUGUGGGUUUGUAGAAGAAUUUUGGUCCAAUAGGGUUCAUCAGCAAUGGCUUUGAAGUGGAUAUAAUCUAGCCGAGAAGUCUACCUCUAGCAUAUGAUAUGAUGCUUGCAGUCAUGUGGUUAGGAUGGACUAUGGAGCAUCUGGUCAAAUCUUGGAAUUCUUACCUUCAUUGCAGAGAUCUUUGAGUACCAAUCCUUCUGUUACUUGCAUAAGAUAUGGUCUUUUUUAUGCUUCAGACAGUGUUGGGAUUGCUAUCUCAUGUGGUCCUUCUAACUUUGGAUGGAAUUCCCACAUUGGUCAAAAUAGAUAUUUGAUGGUUAUAUCUGUUGGCAUAGAAAAUUAGAAAACUGUGGGAAGACAGUUAACAGCUGUUGGUAUGGCUUGUAUCAUAAUGUCCCUUGGGUAGUGUACUUUUGCAUUAUGUGUAAUUUGAAGGGAAGUGUUUCAUAGCUUUUUCAUGUGGUAAUUUGGCUUUUACUCACACGAGAAGAUGGCACGUUUUUGUUGGAACUCUCUUGAGCCGUUUGAAACGGAAUAAAUUCAAGAGUAUGGGGCCUGCAAUUCCUUCUUGCAUGGGCUACAUCCGCUACACGUAUAAGAGUGACAAAACCAGAAUGGGAUGAACUGGGCCACAUGAAUAUAGGAGGAAAGAUAGUAGUGUGAGCGGUUGUUGAAUUGAACUCUAAGGAAUCCCAUUUUCUGUGGCGGAAUAAUCGUGGCUAGCAAUUUUCUUCAAGUUAGACUUAUAUGUGCAUACAAUAAACUGUUGCUUUGUGCCUUUCCUCAAGUUACUGCCCAUUAUGGAGUCUGUCUAUAUUAAGAUUCGACCUUUUGUUUCUUAUUUAAAUAAUGAGCAUACUUCCUAGGGUAAGUCUGACCUGAAAAUGUGUUGUUGUCUUAAAACUUUACAGGAGCCACAGUCUCUACUUUGAGGUAGUGAUGUCUCCGGCAUCAAGAGCCAAGUCCAAGGACAAGAAAUCUGGCAAAGAACCUCAGAAGGCACUAUCAAAGCCUUCAUCAGGCACUGUUAACGGGGGUAGCAGUAGUAGCAUCCCAGCCAGUGCAUAUAAUCCACUGUCUGGAACAUUCCAUACACUUGAAACCGUGCCAACAUCUGCCACCUCUCCCAUACACAACAAUGGCAGAUUCCGCAACAUAGAUGAGACAGAUGAUCAGUUUGGGGGAGCUGGUGGCGUGGAAUAUGAUUCUGUCUCAAACAAUGGAAGCUGGUCUGGUGAUUCAGAAGAUCACCACAAGGAGAAGACCUCCAACACUCCCGCACGCCAGGACGCAACAAUACCUGGUGCUGCCGACAAUGAUAAGAGAGAGAAAAUCCGUCAGAAGAAUGAGAGGAAGCAUCAGCGUCAGAAGGAAAGGCGGGCACAAGAAUUGCACGAGCGGUGCAGUGGCUAUCUCAUGUCAAGGAAGCUCGAAGCACUUGCUCAGCAGCUAGUUGCCAUGGGAUUCUCGCAUGAAAGAGCUACCAUGGCUCUAAUACUUAAUGAAGGUAAAGUAGAGGAAUCUGUAUCAUGGUUGUUUGAAGUUGGUGAAGAUGCAGAUGAUAAACACAGGGAUCAGAAUCUUGGUGGUGGUGGGAAUUUGAAAAUUGAUAUAUCUGAUGAGCUUGCUCGGAUUGCUGAUUUAGAAGUGAGAUACAAGUGCACGAAGCAAGAGGUUGAACGUGCAGUAGUUGGUUCUGAAGGUGACCUCGAUAAAGCUGCAGAGAGUUUAAGGAGGAUGAAGCUCGAUCCCCCUCCUUCACCUCCAAAGCCUGACGAAACUGGCGAUCCCCCAACUAUGAUUAACAGUGGCAAGGGGGGUCCAAUAGCUGUCAGUCAUCAGAAUGUUAUGAGAUCUCAAGUAAGACCUAAUCAUAGUCAACCUUCCAUGGUAGUACAACAGAGACGAGAUGAUAAUAGAGACUUCAACUACACAAAAGCAGCUGUUCCUCCUCCCUUGGGAGGAGGAGCAUCUCCAGAACCUGGGAUGGUGAAGAACUUGCAGCAGCCUUUGAACAGAAUACAACCAUCAAAGUUGGUCUCUGGUGUGGUGGUAUCAGAGAAAAGGUGGACUGGUGCGCCAGCAUCUAAUAGUAACCCAUCUGUUUCUUACUCUCUGUCGUCUCCUUUGCAAGUUUCACCACAGCCACCCAAGGCAGAUAGCAGCAGGUAUACACCAUCAUCUGUUGGGAGUGAAUAUAACAACAAGAACUUUCACCCUGGUGGAACUACUGUUAGAGAACCUGUUAUCAUGAUGCAGCGACCUCAACCUACUGUAAAUACAAAACAGCUUCCAGCAGUAACAAGCAUGAGCUCAUCUCCUCCACCUGGGUCUGCUUGCCUCAAUUGGUACCCUGCAAAUGGCAUUGAUAUGAUGAAGCCCAGUAAUGGAUUUGUGCCCCAGAUUCCAAGCAACCUAAACCCAAGCCACCUCACUUCCUCUAAUCAAAUGUUCCACAACCAUCAUCUGCAGUUUCAACAGCAGCAGCAGCAGCAGCAGCAGCAACAACAUUUUAUUCCUGGAAGCAGUCCUCUAGAUACAAGCAGAGGAGGGAAUGGGUUAUGGAGUAAUAGAACAGGGGCCGCUUCAACCCUUGCUGCUGCUUCUAACCUCGGACUCUUCUCUGGCUUCGGUUCAACUGUUUCCUCGGGGGCCUCCUCACCUGUCGAUUGGAGCACUGCAAGCUCGAUGGCACAGUUAGACUACACCAGCAUAGACUGGAGUUUGGAUAGGAGUUCGUCUUCGCCAAGGCCUAAUACAACAUUCUGUCUCGGGCAAGGGUCGUUAAUGAAUGGUGCCACCCAGGGUUAUGACCCUACAGGGUCGGGGUUGGGUGCAAAGCUAUCGAUGAGAGCAACUCCAAGUAUGAAUGGUGUAGGUGGCUUUGCAGGGCUGCAGGACGGUGGCGGGGUGACCAACCCGGAAACAUCAGCUGGCGGCUCGCAUGAAUGGACGUCUCCAUUUGAGGGGAAAGACCUGUUUAGCUUACCCAGACAGUUUGUUUCUUCUCCUUCACUGUAGUAGGGUGGUUUGGGGGGCGCCGUGAAUAAAAAUGAAAUAGAAAAAAAAAAAAAAGGGAAGGACAGGAAAAAUGUGUUUGAAUUUUAUGGUUGCUGUUGGGUUGCCUGCUUUUUUUGUCGAUUUGUUGAAUAUCCUUUAGUAAAAAGUGGCAUCUCAA